UUGCACCGGGCCAGGCAAGAUGGCGGCCAUGGAGGCCGAGACGGUGCCUAUGACCCUGGAGUCGCUGCCCACCGAUCCCCUGCUCCUCAUCUUAUCCUUCUUGGACUACCGGGACCUAAUCAAUUGUUGCUAUGUCAGUCGAAGACUUAGCCAGCUAUCAAGUCAUGAUCCACUGUGGAGAAGACAUUGCAAAAAAUACUGGCUGAUAUCUGAGGAAGAGAAAACACGGAAGAAUCAGUGUUGGAAAUCUCUCUUCAUAGAUACUUACUCAGAUGUAGGAAGAUACAUUGAUCAUUAUGCUGCUAUUAAAAAGGCCUGGGAUGAUCUCAAGAAAUAUUUGGAGCCCAGGUGUCCUCGGAUGGUCUUAUCUCUGAAAGAGGGAGCUCGUGAAGAAGACCUAGAUGCUGUGGAAGCGCAGAUUGGUUGCAAGCUUCCUGAUGACUAUCGGUGCUCAUACCGAAUCCACAAUGGGCAGAAGUUAGUGGUUCCUGGGUUGUUGGGAAGUAUGGCGCUGUCUAAUCACUAUCGUUCUGAAGAUUUGUUAGAUGUCGAUACGGCUGCCGGAGGAUUCCAGCAGAGGCAGGGGCUGAAAUACUGUCUCCCUUUAACUUUUUGCAUACAUACUGGUUUGAGUCAGUACAUAGCAGUGGAAGCUGCGGAGGGCCGAAACAAAAAYGAAGUUUUCUACCAAUGUCCAGACCAAAUGGCUCGGAACCCAGCUGCUAUUGACAUGUUUAUCAUAGGUGCUACUUUUACUGACUGGUUUACCUCUUAUGUCAACAAUGUUGUAUCAGGUGGCUUCCCCAUCAUCAGAGACCAAAUUUUCAGAUAUGUUCACGAUCCGGAGUGCGUGGCAACAACUGGGGAUAUAACAGUGUCAGUUUCCACAUCAUUUCUGCCAGAACUCAGCUCUGUCCACCCACCCCACUAUUUCUUUACAUACCGCAUCAGGAUUGAAAUGUCAAAGGAUGCACUUCCUGAGAAAGCAUGCCAGUUGGACAGUCGCUAUUGGAGAAUAACAAAUGCCAAGGGUGAUGUAGAAGAAGUUCAAGGACCUGGAGUAGUUGGUGAAUUCCCUAUCAUCAGCCCAGGUCGGGUAUAUGAGUACACCAGCUGUACCACAUUCUCUACGACAUCAGGAUAUAUGGAAGGAUAUUAUACCUUCCAUUUUCUUUACUUUAAAGACAAGAUCUUUAAUGUUGCCAUUCCCCGAUUCCAUAUGGCAUGUCCGACAUUCAGGGUGUCAAUAGCCCGACUGGAAAUGGGUCCUGAUGAAUAUGAAGAGAUGGAAGAAGAAGAGGAGGAGGAGGAAGAAGAAGAUGAUGAUGAGUCAGCCGACAUGGACGAAUCAGAUGAAGACGAAGAGGAGGAGAGGAGGAGGAGAGUCUUUGACGUUCCCAUUCGCAGGCGCCGCUGCUCCCGCCUUUUUUAGCCCGCCUUCUGCUGGCGGAAGCACUGGAUGACUCUAGUCUGUUAAAUAGAAUUCUCAAUAAUGUAAAAUAACUAAAUUGUGCUUGGCAUAUAGCAGGAAACUAGCAUGAAAUAUUGUUCCAGGCCCUGAGUCCUGGGCGACACUACAUUAGGAAUUGGAUUGUUUUGGUUUGCUUUGUGGUUUUGAGGUAGAAGAGGAAUUGGGAAUUUUCUUUGCCAGGAGUCAGUAAAGGAACAGGCAGUUCCCAUUUCUAGUUAAGGAACAGAUAGUUCUCUGUUUUAAAAUAUUUUCUACUUACAAAAAAUAUAGAAAUGGAGAGGGAAUUGUUUUGAAAUAAGGAUUUAAAAUGUAGCAGAAAUACCUACUCAAGGAUAGAGAGAAACUAUGUGACUGAAUGAUUCUGUGAAAAGACUUCUUACAGUUGUGAAAUAUUUAGAAAUGAAAAAAAAUUUGUAAUUAGACUAAUUCAUUUAGUGAUUCCUAAUAUUUUGUACUCACGGGGAACUAAUUGACUAAAUAACUUGAAUGCUAAUGGUUUGUCCUUUCUUAGACAAUCUGUCCUUGAAUUUAAAGUCUUUGUCACUAAGACCUUGAAUUUAAAGCUUUCAUAAUUACAACCUUGAAUUUAAAGUCCUCAACAUGAUGACUUUGAAUUUAAGUUAAAGUCCUCACUCUCUGUUUAUCUUAUUAUUUACAAAGGUAUCACUUGGAAAUGUAGUGUGUGAAAGUAUGUAGUGUGUUAUUACCACAAGUUUCUUCACAAUGUCUCAUGUUGUCUAAAUUUGUAAAUACUGCUUCUGUUUAGUUUCUCAUUUAUACACUUGACCGUCUAACUUUGUGAUAAGUGACAUGAAUUUUAUGUUAGGAUUAAGGAUGUUUUCCUGAAACAUGGAUUUUUUUUGUAAUUAUAUAAUUGAGAGUUUGGAAUGAAAUCCUUAAGUGUCAAAAACUCAUCUUUUAAAAACAAAGUUUGGUUGCAAUCCU